CAUGGCGGAGGCGCAGCAGCGUACCGGAGCGGAGGAAGUUCUACCGGAGCACCGGGAGGGCUCGGCGGCAGACAGCGGGGCCCCGGGAGCGGCCGCCCGGGACAAGCCCGUGUGCCUCCUCGUGCUCGGCAUGGCGGGCUCCGGGAAGACCACCUUGGUUCAGAGGCUGACCGCUCACCUUCACUCUGUGAAAUCUCCUCCGUACGUCAUCAACCUCGACCCAGCGGUCCACGAGGUCCCCUACCCCGCCAACAUCGACAUCAGGGACACGGUGAACUACAAGGAGGUGAUGAAGCAGUACGGCCUGGGGCCCAACGGGGGCAUCGUGACCUCGCUCAACCUGUUCGCCACGCGCUUCGACCAGGUGAUGCAGUUCCUAGAGAAGAAGCAGCAGGACCACCGCUAUGUGCUGAUUGACACCCCGGGUCAGAUUGAAGUCUUCACCUGGUCUGCGUCUGGAACCAUCAUCACCGAGACUCUGGCCUCGUCGUUCCCGUGCGUGGUGGUGUACGUGAUGGACACGGUCCGCAGCGUCAGCCCCAUCACCUUCAUGUCCAACAUGCUCUACGCCUGCAGUAUCCUCUACAAGACCAAGCUGCCCUUCAUCGUGGCCAUGAACAAAACCGACAUCAUCGACCACAGCUUUGCGGUGGAGUGGAUGCAGGACUUCGAGGUCUUCCAGGAGGCCCUGAACCAGGAGAGCUCGUACGCCAGCAACCUGACGCGCUCCAUGAGUCUGGUUCUGGACGAGUUCUACACGCACCUGAGGGUUGUGGGCGUGUCCUCGGUCUCUGGCAGCGGAUUGGACGAGCUGUUCGUUCAGGUGGAAGACGCCGCCCAGGAGUACGAGAGGGACUAUCGACCUGAGUACGAGAGGCUCCGUCAGCAGCUGGCGGAGGCUCAGAGCAGGAAGCAGCAGGAGCAGCUGGAGCGGCUCAGGAAGGACCUGGGCGCGGUCGACAUGAGCAGCGCACCUCCAGCAGACUUCGCCGGACCCAGUGACCUCAUCAUGAUGCGCGGUAACCCUGACGACAGCGAGGAGGACGAGGACAGCGACACGGACGACAUCGAUCACAGCGCGACGGAGGAGAGCAAAGAGGGCGACUCCUUCGGAACCUUCCUGAAGGAGAGGAAGGAGGUGGUGCAGGUCCGAAACAGGAGGUGUGAGGUGCCUGAUGACCCUUGACCUCUGACCCCUCAGCCUGACCCCUAAAUGUCGGGAGAAAAGAGAUUGACAGAAUUAACCACAGCAACACCUGAACUUCCUGUCUGAUCAGGUGACCCCUGCUCCUCCUCCCCGUCUGAGAAAAUAAAAGGUUCUAUUUUUUUAUCCUAAAGACUCUUUUCUUCUUUCUUUGUGUUCUUCAUCAUCGUUUAUGUUGUAAAAACAGGAUUUAUGAUCUGCAAAUAAAAGUAAAGUAUU